AAUCUGGUCUGGUAAUAGAGUCUUAAGUUUACAUAAGACCUUCGUACCAAAACACUGUAAAAGGAAAGUAGUGUCAUAAUGACUUAAGUCAAUUUAAGUCCUUUAUAUCAAAACGUUAUUUUUAAAUUUAAAAUUGCAUUGCUGACUUAAGACUUUCGUAUCAAUUUAUCAUUAUUAUGUAUGUGGAAUUUACACGUGGUUAGAAGUUUAUGUGUAGUCGUUGUUUGUUUAUCGUAAAAAAUCGUUAACAUGAGUGCAAGAAGUAAACUUAUUUUGCAAUUGGCAAGAAAAUGUGAAGAAGCAGUUAUUUCACACUCCCAUACACCGGAUAAUGAUCACGAAGAAAUGCCUAAUACUGAUCACCCAAGUUACAAAAUUUUAAUGCCUUCUCCAACUGUUAAUUCGGAUUUUUCAAAUAUUUUGGACUUUGAUGAUAAUUUUUUGGGUGAAAAUUAUAUACAGUUGGAUACAGCAAGUAAUAAAGUUAUCGGCGAUACAAUAAAUAAAAGUUUAGCUGUGUCGCUAAGAGAAGAUCAGAUCCUAGACAUAGGGUCUGUAACAUCAUCGCCAGCCCUUUCACUGACGGCAGAUUUGACAGCUAUCUUAAAUUCAGAUGACAGUUGUGCAGAUAAGGACUAUUUACCUGGACAAUCUGAAAGUGAAAGCAGUGACGACAAUAUUGAUUUAUUGCGCAUUCAGAGAAAAAUAAGUCGUUCAAAGGCUAAUAUUUCCUCUACUAAUAUUCAAUGUAGUAUGUUAAGUUUUUAGAUCGUUAUAUUUUUUAAAUUUUAGAAUCACAAGAAAAACUGAACAUAACUGAUCAAGCUGGAUCUAGUGCUUCCUCAACAAUAAUUGGAACAGAAAAGGCAAAAGUUCAUAUGGAUAAACCAUUAAAAAAGUGGUCCCGAGUUGUAAGAAAAGAGAGAACUGAA